UUGCAACGUUGCAUUGAUUGAUUCAGAGGGAAACAGGGGAAGUCGGAGUUGGAUUCGCUCCAAAAGCACUCUCUCUCUCUCUAAGCAACCAAGAAUUCACGAGACCUCCCUGAAAUGUCUGCUUUGAAUUCAUCUUUCUCUGCCAAGCAACCCAACUUUUAGUAGUUACCAUCAGAUCAUUAGCUAAAGACACUGCAUUUUCAUCUUCUUCUGUUUUCCCCUUUUCUGGGUUUUUGUUUUUGUUUUUUUUUUUUUUUGUCUGGUCGCCAUGAAGCCUCAUACCCACUCUUAUCUCCAUCAAUUCUUCAAGUUUUUCAUGGGAUUUUCGGCCUGCAACAAUAGAGGUUUCUGACAUGGAGCCAAGGAUUUGAUGUUUCCUCUUCUGCUUCAGAUGCUGCAGCUUCAAUCCUUGUUUUGGCGGUGUUUUCGGGUCGUGUUCUUGAUGACAACCUCGGAGUCUUUCGUGGGAACAUAUGUUUCUGAAUCAGUUCAUGCAUUUCUUGAAAUCAAUUCACACUUUCAGAAGGAAAUCCCCUUCUGAUUGUGGGUUUUGGCUGCAGAGAAUAAUAAAAAUCUGAUCUUUUUUUUUUUGGUUUGUGUAUUUAUUCUGUUUUUGGGUUAUAAAGAUUGCUAGUUCUUUCUUCAAUGGGUGGCUAUUGCUUCAAUCCAUUUCGGCUUCGAUUGUGGAAGAGCAAAGGAUUGGCAAUCCCACCACCUUCAUCAGCAAGAAGCCAUCAGCAGAUGAAUUCUUCUGCAGACAUGGAGACUAUGGACAAGAGGAGGUUUGAUAGCUUGGAAUCAUGGUCUAUGAUCCUGGAAUCGGAUAAUGUUGAAACGUGGGAGGCGUCGAAGGAGGAUCAGGAGGAAUGGACAGCUGAUCUGUCUCAGUUGUUCAUAGGGAACAAGUUUGCCUCUGGUGCCCACAGCAGGAUUUACAGAGGGAUUUAUAAGCAGAGAGCUGUGGCUGUGAAAAUGGUGAGAAUUCCCACUCACAGGGAGGAGACUCGAGCCCGGCUCGAACAGCAGUUCAAGUCCGAAGUCGCCCUCCUCUCCCGCCUCUACCAUCCCAACAUUGUCCAGUUCAUCGCGGCGUGCAAGAAGCCACCAGUGUACUGCAUAAUCACAGAGUACAUGUCACAAGGGACACUGAGGAUGUACCUGAACAAGAAAGAGCCAUACUCACUGUCGACCGAGACGAUCCUGAGGCUGGCACUGGACAUAUCGCGGGGGAUGGAGUACCUGCAUUCGCAGGGCGUGAUUCACAGGGAUCUCAAGUCGAGCAACUUGUUGCUGAACGACGAGAUGCGCGUUAAGGUGGCGGAUUUCGGGACCUCGUGCCUCGAGACGCAGUGCCACGAGGCCAAAGGGAACAUGGGGACUUAUAGGUGGAUGGCUCCUGAGAUGAUCAAGGAGAAGUCUUAUACUCGGAAAGUUGAUGUCUACAGUUUUGGCAUUGUGCUGUGGGAGCUCACCACUUCUUUGCUCCCUUUCCAGGGCAUGACUCCUGUCCAGGCUGCUUUUGCUGUUGCUGAAAAGAACGAGCGGCCGCCUUUGCCUGCAAGUUGCCAGCCAGCGUUAGCGCACCUUAUAAAGCGCUGCUGGGCAGCCAACCCCUCGAAGAGGCCCGAUUUCACAGACAUAGUCUCUGCGCUGGAGAAGUACGACGAGUGUGUCAAGGAAGGGCUCCCGCUCACCCUCCACUCGGGGCUAGUCAGCAGAAACGCCAUCGUUGAACGCUUGAAAGGCUGCAUUUCCACCAGUUCAUCCAUACCUGUACAUGUCUGACUCUUCUCUUAACAAUAAUAUUAUAAAGCUGUAUAUACACUCCUCCAUGUUAAGUCUCAGAUAAAACUAUGAAUGGCUUUCUGGUGGCAAUCUUCAUACAACAGAUACAUGCAGUUUCAUAUAUAUGUGUGUAUGUGUGUAUAUAUGUGCUGCAACCACCAGACCAUUCCUAGGAAUUAUAUAUGCACUAAUGUCAUGAUUAUAAGCUAUUCAUUGUA